UUUCAGACUCGAAAAAACCCCAAUCGCCAUCCUGAAAUUAUCAACCAUUUUCAAAUUUUUUCGUGUGAUAAUGGGCCACGCCCAUUCUUCGUCGUCGAAUGGCAGUUCACAGAUUACCGCCAAUCCACACGAUGAAAAAACAAAAGAAAAGGUAGAAAAACUAUUCCGACAAAAUAAUCGCACAAAUCGAAGCCGCAGUUUGGAUAAUCGAACACAGGAAAAGCUUCCGAAUAGGCCGGUUGGAUCAAGUCACUCGGCCCGAUUUCCGAAAACUAGGCACAUACCUGUUCCCUUGCAAGGGCCCAGGAAGUCUGAAGAAGGCCCAAAUGGUUCGAUUUCUGGCCUCUCUCGGGACGACAAGCGAAUCAUCGAAACAUGUUGGUUCAAAUGCUCGCAGAAGCAACUUAGAAAAUGUUCAUGUGACAUGUUUUGGGACAUUCUACACACUGAUGAAGAUAUACUACGACUUUUUCGAUUGGAUCAUGUUGCUCCAAAUAGGCUGAAGGACAAUGACUAUUUCAAGUCACACGCGUCGAAUUUGGCGUUGGUUUUGAAUUUAGUGGUCACAAAUCUGCAAGAUAAUUUCGAUCAGGCUCAGGAUGCUCUUCAGGCUCUUGGAUAUCAACACCUACAUUUGAUUGAUCGGACACACUUUCAAACAAUGUACUGGGAUAUCUUUACCGAUUGUUUUGAACGAAAUCCACCACCAUCAUUCAAAAAAGGAGCUGAAAGAGAGGUAUGGAGCAGGAUGAUAUUAUUCAUAAUGGGUCAGAUGAAAACGGGUUAUCAACGAGCCAUUCAAGAAGAGAAGUGCGAACGACUAAGUGUGCCUCUUCUUAUGUGAUUCAUUUAAUAAAUGCUUCAUCAAUUGAGUUCAGACUAACUUUUAAUCAGUAAAAGCAUAGGCUUGAAAAAAUAAUUACUAGCAUCUUUGACAAAAGCUUAAUUUGAAACUAUUGAGAACCUGAAAUUACAUACUU